UUUCUUGCCGUGUUUAACUUUCUCUUAUCUAUCAUUGCAUCACUUGGAAAUCUCUUGAUUCUAGUUGCACUUCCAAAGACCUGUUCUCUUCACUCGCCGUCGAAGAUCUUGUAUCGCUGCUUGGCAACAACCGACUUUUGUGUUGGAGUCGUGGCACAACCAGCAUUCGCCGUUCAAUUGCUGUACAACAACGGAGAGCGACAAGAAUUGUGUUACAUGUCCCUCCGAUUGGGUUUCUGUGCUGGGGUAAUUCUUUGCGGCGUUUCCAUGACAACACUAGCAGCUCUAAGCGUGGACAGACUCCUCGCAUUGCUGCUGACGUUGAGAUACAGACAGAUUGUAACC